AAUNAUCCACUAUGCUCAAGACCUUCAGUAGAUGAUCUCUGCGUGCAUCCAUUUGUUUUGGUUGGCACUCAAUGUGUUCACAUAAUUACCAAAUACUACACCUGGUUCGAGGCUCGCACCCAGUGUGGACUGGUCGGUGGGGACCUGAUUGUUGCAGACGACUGCGAUCAGUACCACAAGGUUGCCCUCUACCUCGCUGAACAAGAACACAAUGCCUUUUGGAUCGGGGGUUCCGAUAACGAUGUUGAAGGAAAAUGGCGCUGGGUUGACGGUUCGCCAAUGACCAUGGGACUGCCUUACUGGGCACAGGUUGCAUUAGGGGAGCAAGAACCCGACAAUCCUGGCAUACAGAAUUGCCUGGAGCUGAACUGCUCGUGGAUGUACCGCUUCAGCAGCACUUGGUGCUAUGACGUGCAUUGGGUGAUCUGUGAGGCAGACCCCAUCUAGAGGAGUGCUGUUCAUGCCCCAUCUAGAGGAGUGCUGCUCAUG